CAGAUGCAUGAUGGGAAACGUGUCUCCUCUAGCUCUCCUGUGUUCUUUCUCUUUUUUUUCCUCCCUUCAUUUUAUAGCGAGAACAACGCUUUAGACACUCAACAAUAAAUCCACAUUUUUAAGCGGCAAUCUGUCAGAAAGUUUUCCCAGGUGAUCUGUCGUAGCCAUGGCCCGUACCAAGCAGACUGCCCGUAAGUCCACUGGAGGCAAAGCUCCACGUAAGCAGCUGGCCACCAAGGCUGCUCGUAAGAGCGCACCUUCCACUGGUGGAGUCAAGAAGCCCCAUCGCUACAGGCCUGGUACUGUGGCUCUGCGUGAGAUCCGUCGUUACCAGAAGUCCACUGAGCUGCUGAUCCGCAAGCUGCCCUUCCAGCGUCUGGUGAGAGAGAUCGCCCAGGACUUCAAGACUGACCUGCGUUUCCAGAGUGCAGCCAUCGGAGCUCUGCAGGAGGCCAGCGAGGCCUACCUGGUGGGUCUGUUUGAGGACACCAACCUGUGCGCCAUCCACGCCAAGCGUGUCACCAUCAUGCCCAAAGACAUCCAACUGGCACGUCGCAUCCGUGGAGAGCGUGCUUAAAAGUGUUUUCUUAGUUAUAUCCUGUCCUCUUGUCCCCCUUCGCCACUUGUUUCUCCCUUUCCUUCCUCUAUACUUAGUUAGUAGUUUGGUUUGAGGUUCUAUAUAUCAUAUGAUUGUGAUAACCGUAAAUGUGUGAUUAUGUCUUCUUUGGUGCUACUAUUAGCAGAUUUUCUUAGAGGUAUCUUCAUGUAUGUUUCAAACUUUGAAUCACAGUAAAACUCAUCAGUUGUAAUUAGUAUGCACACAGGAAUGCCUUGUCCAUGAAUAAGGUGUUUUAGCAAGCCAAGAAUAGUGUGUGAUCUGCAAUGACCAUAGGAAUUAGCAUUAAGGUUCAGACAUUUUCAUCUUUAGACGGACACAUAAAUUGAUAUAAUGGGUCUUUUGAUUCAUUUCUGCAUUAUUUUCAUUUGGAAUCUGUUGUAAAAGUAGUGAGUUUUCUUUUUUACAACAAUGGUGUAUUUCUACUGUUACUGUUUGAUGUAUCAAAAUACAAAAGAUUGAUUCUGGUUGUCAAUUAGAAACGUCAUUGUGCUAUGAUGACACUGCAUGGUUUGACAGACUACAAGCGGCAUAUAUGUAGCAGACCUAUGUUGAUCAUGUUUUGAUUUUUCAGCCAUGUUAUUGGUAGGUAAUGUUUUGGCUUUUUUUGUUCCUCUCUCAGGUUGGUAUGAUAACCUUUUUUUUUCUACAGUGUUUUUGAUUUAUGUUUUCAUUCAUUUUUAAGAGCAAAAUAUUUGUACUCGGAAAAUCACAAACAUACAUAAUAAACUGAUUAUUGUGGUUAAAAAGGG